AUGCACCUUACUAACUACAGCAUCAACAAGCUCGCCGAACAAAAUGGUGUUGCUGAUUCGCCGGUGCCAAAGUGGCGACUGACUCAGCUAUGGGAGUAUUUUGAAAAUGAAGGAAUUGAUUCGUCUGCUGUUCGUGAACAGAUUGAAGAUGUGAUUGUGAAGGCGUUUAUUGCAUGUGAGAAAGCUAUCCGCGAACAUAUGGUCCGUCAUAUUCAGCACGGAUUCGUUUGCCAUGAACUGUUUGGUGUAGACAUUCUACUAGAUGAAGAUCUUAGGCCAUGGCUUCUCGAGGUCAAUAUCUCUCCUUCUUUACAUUCCGGUACGGCUCUCGACGUUUCCGUCAAAGCGCCAUUGGCCAAGGAUGUUCUCAACAUGGCUGGAAUAAAUGUUCCUCCUUGUAUGGAAAAUCUGGCAACAGCAGAUUACAGUACCAAACCGCGGAAUUGGCCGAAAGAGGAAGAGCACACGCAGAAAGAAUCUGCUUGGACGGCGGCAUUUUUGGAUGAAGGUCGAUUGAAUCGUCGAAUUUUAAAGAGAUUUACUCGAGAAGAUCUCCGUAUACUGGUUGAGUUUGAAGGU